GACAAUACUGUAUUGCAAUCACAUGUGAACUCAGUUUUGAAUUAUUUAUUUUUAUUUCAAAUCAUUAAUCGAUUUGUUUUGUUAACAAUAAUUGUUUGUCAACUGAUUAUUGUUGUCGUUGUUGACAAUGAAAGACAAUAACAACAUCUCAACCAAAGACACUGAAACUGAACGGACAAUAACAAUGUCAGACAAAAGAGACAUCUUCUAUACGACAAUCUUAUCGCAUGUAAUGUCAGCCGACGGCCGACACUUGGCCUGCGGUCUCAAGAGGGGAAAGUUAGCGGUGUUUGACAUCCAAUCAAUUGUUAAACAAAAUCACGAAUUGGACGCCAAAGCCGAAGACGACGAAAACUUGGUUGAUGUUAAACCAUUGCGAAGACCUCAACAUUUAGUGGACAUCGAAACGCCGGUCUAUUCGGUGACAACAAUUGGCCACAACUCACAGUUUGUCGUCGGCGGCAAAGGUCAACUUCAAGGAUGGGUUAGAGAAGACAACGAAUUGACCAAUGAGUGGACCAUUCAUUUGCCGGCCAAUGACUGUAUGGCCAACACUGUUGCCACCACUGAUGACAUGAUAUAUACGGGUUGUGGCGAUAAUAAUGUCUACGGCUUUGAUGUCGAGACACAUAAGCAAAUCCAUCGAUUAUGUGAACACAACGGAUAUAUUAACUGUAUAUUACUAGCAAAAGAUGGCCAACGGCUGUACUCGGGUGCCGAAGACGGUUCGGUUCGUAUUUGGGAUCUUAGAUGUCCACGAAAAUCGGUGUCCACUUUUGAGCCGUACAAAUAUAGUGAUCUUCAACGGCAAAAAUAUGGCAAUUGGAUCGGUACUGUCGAGUUGGUCUCAAACGAUUGGCUUCUGUGCGGCGGCGGACCGCACCUUAGUCUGUGGCAUCUGAAUAUGUUGUCCUAUUCGACCCGAUUCGUUACCGAUAGCUCGACCAAUGUUGCUGUCGUUCACAACGAUUACAUUAUAACGGGCGGCAAUACUACUGGUCUAAACAUUUGGGAAAUAAAUGGCGAACUCAAGUCAGUGUUACCGACGGCCACUGACAAUGUAUUCAGUAUCGCUACUCAUCAGUAUAAACAGUCAGCCGAUACAGGCAUUGAUCAAGUGAUCAGUGCGGCCGGUAUGAGCUAUAAAGUGGAUGUCUGUACCAAUUGGAAGUAUAAAGAUUUUGAAUUAGUUGUCUAUUGA